AAACAAAAGUCUUCAUCCGCACCCGGCAGUCCGGCAAGAAGUAUACUGCAAUAUAUUUCACGAAAAUUGCAAUGUUUGAGCGAUACUUGGCCGCGUUGGAAUACCCCGCCCAGGGUGGGAUCAAUAUUGACGAUCCUAAAGAGUUCCGCAAUAUCGUCCUGUGGCUGGAGGAUCAAAAGAUUCGCCACUACACCAUCGAAGACCGGGCGAAUCUACGGAAGGUGGGCGCCGCUGCCGACUGGGAUCCCGCCUAUGAUAAAUACAAGAUGGAUUUGAAGUAUCCCACCGAUCUGAAAUCGAAAGCCGAAGAGUUAACGUGGCUGUUUCUGUAUGCGAUAAAGCUGGAAUACUCCGACAAUGCCGACCGGUAUCGGCCCGUUACCGCAGCUCGGAAGCUGGAAGAGGAUAAAAAGGCCACAGCGGCGCCGGAGAUCAAAUCGACGAAUCCGUUUGAUAAUAUCGAUUUCACAAGCCCUGAAUUUGAGGAGGGUUCCAAAAAGUUAGCGGAAAAGCUGGGAAUCGCCUAUCACCCGGAUCAUUUGGUUUCGGUGAGAUCGGCCGGACGGGUGAUCUCAACUAUGUUCAACAAAGAAGUUCUCAAGGAACCGAUCAUCACCGGAAAACCAUUCCCGAUCGGCGAAGGCACAGGGAUGGGAUUCCAGAAGGAACCCGAUCUGGAGCGGGCAGCGCGAAUCCUGCGAUUGUUGCAGAUUCAAAGUCUGCGGAAGCUGCAAACCGCCAUCAAUGAGACGAUCGUUUCCGUGCAGAACAUCACCGCCGAUCCGAGGACCGAUACUUCGCUGGGAAAGGUUGGGCAAAAGUAAGGGGGUGUUCGGAUCAAGGAAGUAAUUUCCCGCGCGUCGCUCGUGGAGUGUAUUCCAGGUCUUAAUUUAUGUGUAAUUUUUCAUUUGGUCAAAUAAAUCAUACUAGUAAUCUA